AUGGAGACGGAUGGUGCACGUGGGGAAGAAGGAGCAAGUGCGUGUAGUCAUCCUGAGGCAAUGUCGACCGGCCAAAGCUCAAGUGAUGAGCGUAAGAAACCCACCUGCAUCAUAGUUCUUGGCAUGGCUGGAUCUGGGAAAACCACAUUUGUUCAGAGAAUUACUGCCCAUCUUCAUGCCAGGAAAAAUCCUCCAUAUGUAAUCAACCUUGACCCAGCAGUUCUAGAAGUCCCAUUUCCAGCAAAUAUUGAUAUACGAGACACUGUGAAUUACAAAGAAGUUAUGAAACAAUACUCUUUAGGACCGAAUGGAGGAAUAGUUACCUCAUUAAAUUUAUUUGCAACCAGAUUUGAUCAGGUGAUGAAGUUUUUGGAGCAGAAAUCAACCGAACAUGAGUACAUCAUACUUGACACACCUGGACAGAUAGAGGUCUUUACCUGGUCAGCCUCUGGAACCAUCAUCACAGAAACACUGGCGUCCACCUUCCCAACAGUUGUUGUGUAUGUGAUGGACACAUCCCGGAGUGUGAAUCCAGUCACAUUCAUGUCUAACAUGCUGUAUGCCUGUAGUAUCCUGUACAAAACCAAGCUGCCUUUUAUCGUAGCCAUGAACAAGAUAGAUAUUGUGGAUAACAGGUUUGCUGUAGAAUGGAUGACCGACUUUGAAUCCUUCCAAGAUGCAUUGGAGCAUGAAACAUCAUAUGUUUCCAACCUGACACGCUCCAUGUCAUUGGUGUUAGAUGAGUUCUACGCCAACCUUCGUAAUGUUGGGGUAUCCUCAGUGACAGGUGAGGGAGUGGAAUCAUUCUUCAAGCAUGUGACUGAUGCAGCACAAGAAUUUGAGAAAGAGUACAGACCCCAGUAUGAGAAGCUUAGAAAGGAGAAGGAGGAGAAGGAACUGGCGGAACAAGAAGAACAGAUGUCACGGUUACGCAUGGACAUGGGCAAAGACAAGCCUGUGCUAAAGAAACAGACAGAUGGAAUGGCUAUUACUCCAGGGUUGGUGGAGGAGGACAGCGAUGAGGAGGCACAUGACCCUGACAUGAUGGAUGAGGAGGAACAGAGAGAAGUGGAAUCUUUCAGAAAUUUCAUAAAAAAUCAAAAAAGUCGACAGCAACAAAAACAAGACACAGGAGCCGUUGACAAAACAUGACAGACUUUUAAAAUCAUUUCCUUUUUUAUUGUC